CCCUGCGGUCCCGUAGCGGUGGUGGCAGCGGGCGGGGGGCGCGCGUGGAGGAGAACGGAGCUGCCGCGGCUUCGCCGGGAGGCAGCGCGGCGGCCGGCGGAAUAUAUUGUUGACACUUGGAGAUUUGGAAAGAUCAUGAUUAGUACAUUCAUUAAGGUGUGACUUCAGUUCUCUGCAGAAAGUGAACCUGGUUCAACUUGGUUUGCAUCCUGUAUCACAGGUGUGUUCCCUACAGCAAGUUUUUCACUCUUUUAUAAUAUUUGAAGUCUUCUGUGCUUAGAAUAGAUAUAUAUCAGUAUGGGAGGAAAUGAGGAAAUGUCACAAGUUCUGUCUUCUUUGUAAAAUGAAAAAAUUAGACUUUCUUCUGUGGAAAAGACCUUAUUGGAGAUGCCAGCUGUGGAUGAACUCUUUUAGUGCUUUGGGUCUUGGGCAUAUUGAAUCACCUGUACAUUUCCUCUGAAAAAUAAUAGAAAACAAGUAGAAUUUGCUGCCCCUAAUUCUGUUCAGAUUGUUUAAAUACAAGUCAUUCAAACCAGGCAUUUUGUUUCAGAUAAAAAUCCUUUUGGUGUAAUUUGUCUUACUUUCCCUUAAAUUGUAGAACAGCUUAUCAUGAGAAUUUUUAGUAGUUUACAAGGAUUAUACUUAAUGUUUUAAUGUCUUCCUAAAUGUGUUAAAUAUAUGAAACCAAUAUGAUACACAAUUAAAAUGGUACAUGCAGCUACUGUGAAUAUAUCUUCAAAUAUAUACUAGACUUUUUUAAACCUCUUUUACUUUUUUUAAUUGAAAAUUUUACAGGGAGUUGAGUUAGUGUAAAGGAAUUGCAAGAGCUGUCUUUAAACAGGGAUUUAACUGGUGCUGAAAGACAUUCCACAUUUUCAACGUCCAGGCUAAAAACUGUGAAAUCUGCAAGUAGUUCUGGAUACAGCAAUUUCUAAUGCUUCUUGUGGUCAGAGAUAAAGCCUAUAAUUUAAAUCCUGAAUUAUCAAUUUAUGAUAAAAACAGAAACAAAACAUUUAAAGAACCAACACAAACAGAUUUAUAUCAUAAUACGAAUAUUUUAGAACUUGUAUUGGCUUCACAAUGUUAUGCAGGAUGGAAUGUUGUGAAUAAAUUCUUCCUUUAGUCUGGCCAACACAAAUGUACUUUUAACAGUUGGUAGAUGUGCAGCAUGUUAAAUUAAGGCAUGUUAGCAUGGGCUGUCUUCCAGAGUGGUUAGCUUGGGAUUUGAACACUGUUCCAAACAUUUCUUCUGCAUAUUCAGAUGAAGCAUUUAAAAUGAUGUAAUUGUCUGCCACACAAAUGUUGGUCUUCUGAACUUCUGAUUUCUAUUCUACCAUUUCUUUGUGCUACAUGGCAGUGGCAUGCACCAACAGACUUAGUUUCCUAGACUUGCUAGAAGAACUUUCAGGUUUUUUUUUAAUUUUCAUCAAAAUUCCCAGUGGCUCUCUUGAGAAACUGUUUUUAUUAGGAAGAAUAAUAGUGUUAAUGGACUUCACUAGUACAGACUUCUGACCAUAAAAAAACCACCUUUUUUUACUGUGAGAGUGAGUGAGCACUGGAACAGAUUGACCAGAGAGACUAUGGAAUAUCCAUUUUUGGAGAUACCCAAAAGUCAUCUGUUGGUGGUCCUGAGCAGCCUGCUCUAGGUGACUCUGGCUGAACAGAGAGUUGGACAAGGUACCUCCAGAAGUCUCUUUUGAUCUCAACCAUUAUAUGAAUUGAAAUUUUGUAACUGAAAUUUUGUAAAGGUAAAAUCUUUAAUGCUCUUACCAAUCCUAUAAGUGAUAUAGGGUCAUAAAAUGAUAUCGUAACCAAACUUGAUAAGCACUUGGAGCUCCUGCUGACCACAUCAGGCAUUUGGCUCUGUGCCCUACUGGGGAGGCCAGCCCUGUGUUCUCAGUGGCUGUGUCAGCCCAUGCAGACUGUACAUAAUAUGAUACCACUCUGAUUGUGAAUCCGAAGAGUUAUUUUAUCUAGUCCAGAGGAUGGUAUUACUUUUAAACUCUUUAAGAUCUUGUUUCAGAGCAAAAGUGUUUAAAAUGCAAAUUUGUGUCUUGUUUCUCUGCUGUAUGACAGUUUCAUGUUUAACCAACAUUUAUCUGCAUAGGCGUGACAUAGCUGUGAGCAUCUCUCUGGUAUCUGUUUGAAGAGGACACUGUUGGGGGGCCCAGGUAUUUCUUUUAUAUUUUAUAGUUAUAGAGGUGUCCGGACUCUGUAAUGGUCAAAGAUUUCCAGUAGAAGAGGAUGAGACAAGAAUUAAAUGCAUGUGGGAGACUCUGGACCUAGGCACCUCAUGCUUUUGAUGCUAGCUGGGAGGGAGCUUGAUAAACACUUUUGCCACCUUUUCGUAGAAAAAACAGAUUUUUGCAUCUGUACUUCCAAACAGAGCUUGUACAGAGGGAAAAUUCUGAAUAUGGCUUGAUUUGCUCUUGGUCUUGACAGUGUCUCUAAUGAGUGUCCCACGGACUCUAUCAAGUUCUGGGGGUUCUCCUCUAGCACUGAGGAGCAGAACCCUGAGCAGCAGCCUGGUAUCAGUGGAAACAUUUCUCCGUCAUUCUCUUUAAAAGAGCAGCUGAAGAUGAGUGAUUAUUCUGGACUUCCAAGUAACCAUAGCCAGAUGAUUGCUGAAGAUUCAGAAAUUCAAGCAAAGCCUGAACACUCUCAUGAAGUUCUUCAGGAAGAUAUUGAAAUGAGCAGUGGCUCCAGUGGAAAUGAUUCCAGUGGAAAUGACUCUAGUGGGAAUGACUCCAGUGGGAAUGACACAAAUGAAAACUAUUCAAGUGGGCAUGACUCUCAUGGUCAUGAAUCUGAUGAAAAUGGGAAAGAUUCAGCAAUGCUCAUGGAAUCUUCAGACUGUCAUAAAAGUUCAAGCUCAAAUGCGUUUAGUCUGAUGAUUGCAAACUCUGAACACAAUCAGUCCAGCAGUGGAUGCAGUAGUGAGCAGUCCACUAAAGCCAAAACACAAAAGGAAUUGCUGAAAACAUUGCAGGAGCUGAAAGCUCACCUUCCGUCUGAGAAGAGAGUCAAAGGCAAAUCUAGUGUCCUAACGACAUUGAAAUAUGCCCUUAAAAGCAUUAAACAAGUUAAAGCCAAUGAAGAAUAUUACCAGUUGUUGAUGAUUAAUGAAUCCCAACCUGCUGGUCUCAAUGUAUCAUCUUACACAGUGGAAGAAGUUGAGACUAUAACUUCAGAAUACAUCAUGAAAAAUGCGGAUAUGUUUGCUGUAGCUGUGUCUUUGAUAACUGGGAAAAUUUUGUACAUCUCUGAUCAAGCUGCUUCUAUUCUCCGCUGCAAGAGGGGUUAUUUUAAAAAUGCCAAAUUUGUGGAGUUCUUGGCACCUCAGGAUGUCAGUGUGUUCUAUACUUCUACCACCCCAUACAGAUUACCAUCAUGGAAUAUUUGCAAUAGAGCUGAGUCUUCCACCCAGGAUUGCAUGGAAGAGAAAUCUUUUUUCUGUCGCAUCAGUGCGGGCAAGGAGCGUGAAAAUGAGAUUUGCUAUCACCCGUUCCGGAUGACUCCUUACCUUAUCAAAGUGCAAGAUCCAGAAAUAGCAGAAGACCAGCUUUGCUGUGUGUUGCUUGCAGAAAAAGUCCAUUCUGGUUAUGAAGCACCCAGAAUUCCUCCUGACAAAAGAAUUUUUACGACUACGCACACACCGACCUGUUUGUUCCAGGAUGUAGAUGAAAGAGCAGUACCUCUGUUGGGAUACCUACCUCAGGAUUUAAUAGGAACACCAGUCUUGGUGCAUCUUCACCCAAAUGACAGACCCUUAAUGCUAGCAAUUCACAAAAAAAUUCUUCAGUACGGAGGGCAGCCUUUUGACUAUUCACCAAUCAGGUUUUGCACUAGGAAUGGAGAUUAUAUCACCAUGGACACCAGCUGGUCCAGUUUCAUCAACCCUUGGAGUCGAAAAGUUUCUUUUAUUAUUGGAAGACACAAAGUUAGGACGGGUCCCUUAAAUGAAGAUGUCUUUGCUGCUCCCAACUACACAGAGGAUAGAAUCCUUCAUCCCAGUGUUCAGGAGAUCACUGAGCAAAUCUAUCGGCUCUUACUGCAGCCUGUACACAACAGUGGAUCCAGUGGCUAUGGAAGUCUAGGUAGCAAUGGCUCACAUGAGCACUUGAUGAGUGUGGCAUCCUCCAGUGACAGCACAGGAAAUAAUAAUGAAGACACUCAUAAGGAUAAACCAGAGGUCUGUCAGUAUGCCCGUAAGGUCAAAAAUAAAGGACAGCAUAUUUUCACUGACAGUAAGGCAAAACUGGACUAUAAGAAAGAGUCUUUUGCAGAAAAACAAAAUACUCCUGGUGGUCAGGUGAAAGAUGUAGGGGGAAAGGAUACUGCAGGAGCAGCUGCUCCAAAAAAUGUGACUACUGAAGAAUUGGCUUGGAAAGAACAACCUGUGUAUUCCUAUCAACAGAUUAGCUGUUUGGACAGUGUCAUCAGGUACUUGGAGAGUUGUAAUGUACCUGGUACAGCAAAAAGAAAAUGUGAACCUUCGACAAGUGUUGCAUCACUGAGUUCUGGAGUUCAUGAACAAAAAGCAGCUGAUAAUGCUAUCCAGCCAUUGGGAGAUCCUGCUGUGCUGAAGGCAUCUGGUAAAUCAAGUGGUCCCCCGGUGGUUGGUGCUCACUUAACAUCUUUGGCUUUACCUGGCAAGCCUGAAAGUGUUGUGUCUCUCACCAGUCAGUGCAGCUACAGUAGUACCAUUGUUCACGUUGGAGACAAAAAAACACAGCCUGAAUUAGAAAUGAUAGAAGAUGGUCCAAGUGGAGCAGAAAUCGUAGAUGGCCAACUUCUUGCCCCUCCAUCCAGCGCUGCACACAUAAAUCAAGAGAAGGAGCCAUUUAAAAAACUGGGACUUACAAAGGAGGUCCUUGCAGUGCAUACGCAAAAAGAGGAGCAGAGCUUCUUGAAUAGGUUUAAAGAAAUCAAGAGAUUUAAUAUUUUUCAAUCACACUGCAAUUACUACUUACAAGAUAAACCAAAAGGACGGCCUGCUGAACGUGGUGGCCGUGGACAAAGAAAUGCCACUUCUGGAAUGGAUCAGCCUUGGAAGAAAAGUGGAAAGAACAGGAAAUCAAAGCGCAUUAAACCACAGGAUUCUUCAGACAGUACAACUUCUGGAGCUAAAUUCCCCCAUCGGUUCCCUCUUCAAGGUUUAAAUGCUACGGCUUGGUCACCAUCAGAGACGUCCCAAGCAAGCUACUCAGCAGUGUCUUUCCCCACAGUUAUGCCUGCAUAUUCCCUUCCUGUUUUUCCAGCAGCAGGGACAGUGCCACCGGCUCCUGAAACUUCACUCUCUGGUUUUAAUCCCUUGCCGGACUCUGGAAAUACUUGCCCUAUGCAGCCAUCCCAGUUCUCUGCACCCUUCAUGACCCCUGUUGUGGCUCUUGUGCUCCCCAAUUAUGUGUACCCAGAGAUGAACAAUAACUUACCUCAAACCCUUUACCCCAGUCAGCCCAGCUUCCCUGCCCAUUCCGCGUUCUCCUCACAGACGGUGUUUCCAGCGCAGCCCCCCUUUGCCACACCCAGCCCUUUCCCACAACAGGCGUUUUUUCCAGCACAGCCAUUCCAUUACAAUCCACCAGCAGAGACUGAAAAGGCUCCUGUCGCAGAGCCACGCAAUGACCCCUCCCGUUCCUGCACUCCACAGUCGGUGGGUCCUCAGGACCACGCUUCACCACCUCUGUUUCAGUCGAGGUGCAGCUCUCCUCUGAAUCUUCUACAGCUGGAAGAAACCACAAAAACUGCAGAGAGUGGAGCUCCUGCGGGUUUACACGGAGCUUUGAGUGAGGAAGGAACCAUAGGCAAGAUCAUGACAACGGAUAACGGCAGCGGGAAGGAAUCCUUACCAGCUGAGUCUCCAAUGGAUGCUCAAAAUAGUGAUGAACUCUCCAUGUCCAGUGUCCUGCUUGACAUUUUACUCCAAGAAGAUGCAUGUUCAGGCACUGGCUCAGCCUCUUCAGGGAGUGGUGUGUCUGCAGCUGCUGAGUCCCUGGGCUCUGGGUCCAAUGGCUGUGGCAUGUCAGGGAGCAGAACAGGGAGCAGUGAAACUAGUCACACCAGCAAAUACUUUGGGAGCAUUGAUUCCUCAGAGAAUCACCAUAAAACCAAAAUGAAGACAGAAAUGGAAGAAAGUGAGCACUUCAUCAAAUACGUGCUGCAGGAUCCAAUCUGGCUGUUGAUGGCAAACACAGAUGACACAGUUAUGAUGACUUACCAGAUCCCUUCACGGGAUUUGGAAACAGUUUUAAAAGAAGAUAAGCAGAAAUUAAAGCAAAUGCAGAAACUACAGCCAAAAUUUACAGAAGAACAAAAAAGAGAGCUUAUUGAAGUUCAUCCAUGGAUCCAGCAAGGUGGACUGCCAAAAACUGUUGCUAAUUCCGAAUGUAUUUUUUGUGAGGACAAUAUACAGAGCAAUUUUUAUACAUCAUAUGAUGAAGAAAUCCAUGAAAUGGACCUUAAUGAAAUGAUUGAAGAUAGUGGAGAAAACAACUUGGUUUCCCUGAAUCAAGUCAGCGAAGAACAAACAUAGCCUUUGAGCCUGUUGUUUUGACAGUUGCUUCAAAACGACAGUGAAGGAUCCAUAAAGGUUUUAAUCUUUUAUCCAGCAAGAUGAAUACAGUUCAUAAAAGCAAAUGUGUUUUUCUUGCUCUAGAAGAGUCAUUUGUGAAUGAAUCUCUUUUUAAAUGGUGGCAAUCUCUUCCCAGUAAGGACAUUGUUGAAGAUGGUAUAGCUUUUCUUUAAAAGACUCAUUUUGCACUUAUAUGCCUCAAGUAUUUCUUUACAAACUAUAGAAACUUUCAUUGAUGCCUACUGUUUUUUGUAGAGUGGGUUAAUAAGUGCUGAAAAUAUCCUUACGUGCAUACGGUUCUUCAAAUCUCCUUUUGGUAAUGAUUCAGCAUUAUAAAUUGUUGAGCAAUUUUGCUUAGUGGCUCUUUAGCAUUGUUCUUAAUAUUUGAAGUGGUCCAGCACAGUAGAAGAAGUAACCUUCAAGGAAAUCAAUUCACACUUGCCCUUCUCAUACCAGUUGAUCCCAUCCUCUUUGUUUGUCUCCUCUAGUUUUGAAUGUAGGAACUUUUUUUUUCUAAGAGAAACAUUGAGCUAAUUUUGUAAGAUGGUCUUGGGUUAAAGUACAUGUUGAUGUGUAAGUGUAGAGGAGUGCUGGCAACUUUGUAGCCUUUUAUUUAAAUGGACACUGCAACACGAUGGACUGUUUAUUACCUUGAAGCGUAAUUUUUGAGGGUUUGUACUCAAGAAAUCCUUAUGCUUAAAGAUUUUAAAGACCAAGGUCACAGAGGAUGACUGCAUAUGCUCCAGUGUCUGUUAGACAGAGCUUGGGGUAGCUUUAACCUUUAUUUCUGACUUGUUCUGUCAGGAGGUUGGCCAUCAGUUUUUCCAAUGUGGCUAAACAAACAUCAAAUUUGUAUGUGACAAGGGAGGAUUAGAUGUGUCUUGUCAUUUGAAGAUAGUUCUUAUAAAAAAGAAGUGAUUUUGAGAAUAGUGCUGACUCACUCUAUUUGAAUUACAUAAUCUCAAAUUUAGUGUGGCUGGAAUCCUUUGCUGUCGAAGAUUUAAUUUUAAUGCCUCUGAGAUUGUAUUGACUUGAAUAUGUGUACUUUAUGUUCUUGUGCUGUUUAUGUCUGUUGAAUGUGGGAAGAGAACAUGAGAGAACAACUUUUUUAAUAUGUUGGUUAGUUAAAGGACAUUUAGUUGCUGUACUGCUAGAUGUCAGCUGUAAGUCUUGGGGUGAAAAAUGACGAAAGUUAAUUCAGUUAACUUCGAUAUGUUUGUCGUAAAAUAUUUUUCAUGGGAAGCAUUUCCUUUUUUAUUAGGAUAACAUUUCUAUUCACUGAAAUUUAAGGUUAUUGUCAUUCUAUAAAAAUAUUUCUCUUUGUAUACAAAGAGGAUGUGAAGUUAGAUCUGACACCAAAAACACGCAAAUGCGACUGGUAUUCGCUUAGCAGAAGAAAUAAUUUGUGUCAAGUAAUUAGCUAUUAAUUGGACAGUCAGGAGGAAAUUUGCACUGGAGACAGGUUCUGCAGGUAGCAAAGUGUGUCAACUUGUGAAACAAGCAGAAUCACAAUUUAAAAUAAGUAAGUAUCUUAAAUGUAGUGUGAAGCACUACCCAGCAAGAUCUGAUGCCUGUCUUUAACAGUUUAGCAAGGUCAAACGUAAAUACUUGUAAAUACAAAGUGAAUGAGAAAUUUUCAAGUGUUGGUGUUCAUGUCCGAUGUAUUAAGUGUUUUAAUCAUAAAUGGAACAGUGAAGCUAUACCAACAUAUUAAAUAUAUUUCAUUUUUACAUGGAAACACAAACAUGGACCAGGGUUUGGGAAAAAUAAAAGCUUUAUAUAAAAGGAGUGCAUCAUCAUUAUACAAAUAAUUUUCAAAGACUUCUCAACCACUUCGAACUUCUUUGCUUUAGCAUGCUUUCUUUUUUCCCCAUGUCUUUUUUAAAUUGUCCUAAUUUCUUUUAUUAUUUUUUUUCAAUGACCAUCUUGUAACCAUAACUUAGUGAAAGGAAGAGAAAAGUAUAUUUAGAGCAUUUUGUGGAUGUGCUUACUUAUGGACUUAAUCUUGCAUCCUUAAAGUGUUUGCAUUUACAGGGUGGUAUUAAAAUAUUUUCCUGUAACUUUAAAUCUACAUGCCUCCAUUUAUAGAUAAGAUUCUGAAGCUGUAAUUUUUCCAAACUGUUGUAAGAUGAUUUAUUUGUGAUGACACUUUGUCAACAUGUCAACAAUGUUUUCUGUACACUGUGCAAUAUAUUUUGGUUUUGCCACUUGUGACUAAUUUUUAUGACUUUGCUUUUUAGAAAACUGGUAAAUAAAACAGAUAUAUUUUUA